AUGCACUCAUUCACCAUCACCCUCCUCAUACUCACCGUUGUACUCGUUCUCCUCCCUGCCGAGACCUACGCGUUCGGUGCCGGUGAUAUCCCGGACUUCGCGUAUCUCAACGGCAAGGCUUUCCGGCAUGGUGACAUUGAGAAUAUCCUGGCGGAGCUCGCAAAGAAUCUUGGUCAUGUCAGCAGCGGCGGAGGCGGAGGCGGCUUCCUCGGCAUGGCGGCGUCGGUCUUGAGCGCAGCAGCUAGCGGCGGAGAGGGCGCCAAGUUCACUGGGGAGGACGUCAAGCGUGUCUAUUUCGGCAACUGGCUGCGCGAUUACUCGCAAGCCAUGGACAUCGCCGGCCUGAGCAAACUCUCUGCAGAUACUCUUGUGCUCAUCGUAUCAGUCCUUGGCUUCCUGACAUUCGGCUUCGCCACUGAAGAGUUCAAAGUCACUGCCGAGCGAUUGGGUGUCUACUUACCCGUGGAGCACAUCGAUAACCCCAAGGGUUACGGCGCAAAGGAAGGCGAUCCCCGUCGAUUCCACCCAAAGCUUCGACCUCCUGUUGAAGACGAAGAGCUCCAAAUUGACGAGCGAAACGGCAUGAAGAACUACAUGGCCACCGAAAACAGGGGCUGGGACACCUCCACGGCGCUCAUCCGGAGGGUUUUCCGAGGCUGCAUUGAAAACGGCCGGCGCGCUCGCGGCCGCGAAAGCGACGAGCUCUGGGAAGCAUAUCGCCUGAUGGGUACAGGUCUGCACACUUUAGAAGACCUGCUCGCACACAGCAACUGGUGCGAACUUGCGCUUCGCAAAAUGGGUUACAACGAUGUGUUUUGCCACGUCGGCGACAAUGUCCUCAUUAACACGCCGAACGGCGAAACCCAUCCUCUGGUCACGGGAACGUUUGGCAGCGCUGACUUCUUACACUCUCUCAUGGGGGAGGCUACUGACCACCUGAGCCAGGCCAGUGUCGUGGAUCUCUCCAAGAAGAUGGAUGAUGCUGCGAACGACGAGAAUCCUCUCGGGAACUUGCAAGGCAUCCUCAAGAAGCUCCCUAUUGGAGGCGGCGGUGACGAUCAGAUGGGAGAAGCAGACGAUAUGCAGUCCAAAGCCAAGGCCUACCACUUUGACCCGGACAACGUGGCACCUCCAGAGGUCCAGGAACAACUUUACAAGCUCUUGGUGUGGCGUGAUAAUGUCUACAGGGACAUUAUCAAGAAGAUAGCGAUGGUUCCGGGUCUCUCAGAGCUCAUGGAAAACCUCACUAACGCACUGAAUGCCUUCGUCUACACUGUGGCCGCUCCCUAUGUGUCGCCCCUUUUGAAGCAAGUGACGACUGUACUCUCUGAAGGUAGUAAGGCAGUGAUCGACACCGAAGAUCAGUAUGAGGUGUUCGACGACCCAAACGCUUCCGACCCCUCCCACAGUUUGCUUUCCAAGGACCACUUCGCUCUCAUCCUCAACGAGCCUGCUGGCAAGAUCGCGCAGGUGGUCGUAGAACAUACCGUCAAGCUUCUCGUCCAGGCUUGGUUCAACGACGACAAUGCCGACCGGGUCAUUAACGAGAUUCUCGAGGCAUUCCAUCAUCCUUGGUAUGCUACCGGAAGGUCUCGCAUUCAUCAAGAGAUGUUCCAGUGCAUGGAGAACUGGGUCAACGGUCUUGAGGAUCGCGAUACGAUCAUAGAGAAGUUAACGAAAGAGAGCGUGCGGGAGGGCAAGAACAAGCGCGAGGGCUCCGAUGACGAUAUGACGAGCUCCAACCAAACGUAUGGCGGUGCCCACGGCUCCCAGACCCAAAGCUAUGGUCGCCCCAACCAGUCUUCGUACGGCGGGAACAUUCAAUCAUCGUAUGGUGGUGAUUCACACGAGCAGGCUCAAUCUCGCCGCUCAGAGUACGGCCAAUCCGAAGAGUCUGGAUAUAGUCGUCGCACAGAAGAGCCGUCCUACGGCCGUCCAUCUGGUGGUUACGGCGGCGGUGGCGAGGAGUACGGGCGCCGGCAAGAAUUCGGUCGUCAAGAGGAGCGCUCUUCUUACGGGCAGUCCGAGUCAUACGGUGGAGGGCACAGAGGCGAGCGUCAGCACGACGAUGAAGAUUCGUACUCGCGCCCCUCGCACCGCAAGGAGGAACGCCCUCACCAUGGUGGCUACGGCGGUGGAGAGCGGCGCGAGGAGUACGGUGAAGAGAGGCGCGAGGAGUACGGUGGUCCUCAUGCAGGAUACGGCGGGGGCUCCCGCGAGAAAUACGGUGGAGGUCCUCCUCGUGAUGAGUACGCCGGCGGCGAGUAUGGCGGUGGCCCUUCCCAUGGAGAGUACGGCGGUCGCCAAGAAGGUUACAGCGAAGAGCCUCCUCGUCGGUUCGGCGGCGGGGAUGAAUACGGCCGUGGUGCCAGUGGAGACGAGUACGGCCGUCGCGAGGAGAGGCCGGAGUACGGCGGACAGGAGGGCUACGCGCCGUCAUAUGAACAACCAGGCGAAUAUCGCGGUGGCGAGUCUGGCCAACAACAGACGUACGGCAUGGAGGGUCUUUCCAUGCGCGACCGCGGUGACAACGAUGACGGGGAGCGCCGCCACCAUGGUCAUCACGGACAGCGCCGUCACCACGAAGAGUAUGAGUAA